CCUUAUAUAUAGGAGAGAUUCAAUCAACCUCCAGUUUUUUGCUUCACCGGCGGUGCCAAUCCAACAGACCUACCAAUGCAGAACGCGGAGGGAGAGAGGGGAGUCGACCGUGACAAGAAUGUGCCACUGACAGAUAUGGAUAUUGUUAACCAUGAAAAAGAACCUAUCAACAAGAUCGAUGUGCAGAUAGAAAUAAUAGCAAAUUCGCGUCAUAACAAACCAAGAAGAGCAAAUACAAAUAUUACACCACAAGAUUAUAUUUGCACAGCGGACGAUAUUUCCAUUAUUAAAUCAAUCAUGUCCUUACAUGAAAAAACGAAGUUGGUGCACAUCAAUGAUGCAUUAUUAACGAACGUUGAGAUGAGAUGCCUUACACAUGAUGAUGUGUUUUUGCAUGAUGAUGUAAUAAAUGCAUACAUAUACUGCAUAAGUGCCCAGGAGCAUCUGCAAAAUAGAGCAGAUGGAAAGGUACACAUAGCAAGCACGAUUUGUGUCUUCCCUGUUUAAGAAAGAUAAGAUAGACCCGGCAACACAUCGCCACAUUGUAAAGCGAGUGAAUACUUUUCUGGAGCAUGACAUGGUAUUCCUUCCAAUUAACAUCAGAAAAUGCCACUGGUAUCUAUCAGUAAUCAAUGCGAAGAAACGAGAGAUACAGGUACUGGACUCGCUUGGAGUUGGAAUGGGCCGCAGUGACCUCACUAUGACGUUACAAGGACUUGACAAACAUCUAAAAAUCGCAUGUGAUAUGCCGGAGUUUAAGAGAGGUGAUAGGUGGCAGGACCUCGAUAUUAUGAAUUGGACAGUCGUAGACAAGUUCCAAGAGCCAAUCCAAACAGAUAGCGCGUCAUGUGGAUUGUUUAUGUUAAAUUGUAUGGAGUAUUGGACUGGAGAUAUUUUGUCUGAUAAUUUCACUCAGGAGGACAUGAAAGAAUUUCGACGAAAAUUAGCUGUCAUAUUGUUGGAGACAGAACUUAAUAAGUUAAAAGGAAGUCCAAUAUAUUAUCGGACUGACAAUGAAGAAAAUGUAUCUGACAAUGAAGAAAAUGUAUCUGAUUCUGAUGUUGAGUUUCUGGAGGACCGAAAGCGUAAGCGGCAAGAUUCACAUGAUGGAGCCGAAGACAAAGGCCCCCUUCGGAACCCCAUCAUGGCCGUGGACCCGCAAGAUUUAGUUGAUGAACUAUGCAACCACAUCAUGUCAAUUAAUGAUGCUACUUCCUUGGAGAAGGAGUGGGUGCGAAGUUCUAAACCCCAUCCGAUAGGAUUAAGUCUUAGAAGGAUCAAAGGUAUAAUCCGCAGGGACCAGCCGUUGGACAUUGAUUGUUUCAACAUGGCUAUAUGUAUACUUGCAAGUGACGAGGCCUUACUGACAAGAGAUCCUCCCGUGCGCUUUAUGGAUCUACAAUUUUGUACGGCCGUGAUUGAAGCUGCCCUCACUUCCUUACGAGAUUUAGAUUCGCGGGUAUAGCCAGAUAUUCAGGCGCUAGCAUCAUUGCUUCGUAGCUCGACUGAGAUAGACCACACCAUCUCAUCAUGCAAUUGGAUAUUGCUUCCUCAUGCAUUCCUCGGCCACUUCAUCUUGUUCGCAAUCGACAAACAUGCCCGUCAAGUAUCUAUUUUGGACCCACUUAUUCCGUCCUUAUCUUCAGAGAGAUAUGCAUUAAAAUUUCAGAGGGUUGCAUUCUACCUGAAUGAUGCACUCGAAUUAGCACAACCGGGUUGGAAGUCUGAUACAUUUUUCUGGCCACGUAAAUCACCAAUUGAUGUUCCGACGAGCGUAGACCGGGAUGAAUCUGGUUAUUUUACUAAAUAAUAGGUGGGUUGAUUGAUAUGAAGUUUGUUCAGCAAUUUAUUGAGUGGAGGUGGGCUUUUCUAGCAAGCGAGUUGUCUACAAAGGAUCCCCGACACAGGAUGUAUGAGUAUUUGACAAAAAACUACCACAUUAGGGGUUGCCGUCCCACAGAACUACCACAUUCAAAACUGAUAACUACCAAAAAUUUCUAAUUUUGUGACUAAAAACUACCACUUUUGAAAAAUGGUCAGUUUAGACGAUUUAAACA